UGUUGAAGGUGCACACCUCACUCAGUCUUCACUUCUUUCAUUUCAGUCACUCUUCUUCAACAAGCCAUGACUUACGCGGAUUCGGACGUGGUCAUUGUCGCCGCCGCACGCACACCCAUCGGCUCGUUCAACGGCGCCCUCAGCACCGUCCCUGCAUCCGAGCUCGGCCGCGUGGUCAUCUCCGAAGUCCUCCGCCGCGCCGGCAACGUCGCUCCCUCCGACGUCAGCGAAGUCAUCCUCGGCCAAGUCCUCACUGCAGCCGCUGGUCAAAACCCGGCACGACAGGCAGCACGCGCCGCAGACAUCCCGAUCGAGACGCCAGCGUACGGCAUCAACAUGCUGUGCGGAUCUGGUCUGCGAGCAGUGGCGCUCGGCUACCAGGCCAUCCGUGCAGGAGAUUCGCGCAUUGUCAUUGCCGGCGGUCAAGAAUCCAUGUCCCAAGCACCACACGCAAUGCAUCUCCGCGCGGGCGUGAAAAUGGGCGAUGCAUCCAUGGUCGACACGAUGAUGAAGGACGGCCUGGUCGACGCCUUCCAUGGCUACCCGAUGGGCAUUACUGCCGAGAACAUUGCCAAGCGAGACUGCAUCAGCCGCGAGCAGCAAGACGAGUUUGCCCUCCAGUCGCAGCUCAAGACCGAGAAAGCGACCAACGCUGGCAUCUGGAAGGAAGAAAUCGUCCCCGUCACAAUCAAGUCGCGCGCUGGCGACAAGGUUGUUGACACGGACGAGUUCCCGCGCAAGGGCGCCACGAUCGAUUCGCUCAAGAAGCUCCGUCCCGCUUUCAUCUCGGACGGCACGGGCACAGUCACGGCCGGUAACGCCUCGGGCAUCAACGACGGCGCUGCUGCUGUCGUUCUCAUGACGGCUGCCGAAGCUCGCCAGCGUGGUGUCGAGAUUCUUGGCCGCAUUGUUUCCUGGGCUCAAGCUGGUGUCGAUCCGGCCGUGAUGGGCACUGGUCCCAUUCCUGCAAUCCGCUCGGCGCUCGCAAAGGCCUCGUGGGCAGUCAACGAUGUGGACUUUUACGAGUGCAACGAGGCAUUUGCUGCACAGUCCAUUGCCGUGGUGUCACACUUGCAGCUGCCUGUUGAGAAGGUGAACGUCAACGGCGGCGCGCUCGCGCUCGGCCACCCGAUUGGCGCCUCUGGUGCGCGUGUCCUGGUGACACUUGUCCACCAGCUGCGCCGCACUAGUGCCAAGAAGGGUGUUGCUGCAUUGUGCAUUGGCGGCGGCAUGGGCAUUGCCAUGUGUGUGGAGCGACUGUGAUUGAUUUUUUUUUUUUUUUGAUAACUCGUCCCUCUCCUGAUUGGCAUGUUUUCAGAGUUACUGGUCGCAAUACAAACUGCUUCUGAGAUGG